GAAAAGAAGAAGAGUGUAACCUCCAAUACACGAGGUAGCGCUAGUAUACCUUUCUACGAUUCAAAAGAACAGAGGAAGAAACCCGGCUCAUGCCUAUUUGGUAGUUAAUACGUGGAGCAGAUUUGAGUUUAACAUGGACAUCCUCCAGCGUCCAUUAGAAAUGCUCAAAAGUCCACUGGGCAUGGGUGUCGCUGCAGGACUGGGUUGCGGGCUCCUCCUGGGUUGGCAGCUGGGUGGCCACUUGGGUCCAUUCCCCAAAUGUCUGUUUGGCGGCAAGGGGUCCGGCUCGACCAAAGCGUUGGAGAUGGGUGAAGGAGGGGAGUUCAAGAUGAUCCUGGUGGUCCGCAAUGACUUGAAGAUGGGCAAAGGGAAGGUGGCGGCCCAGUGUGCCCACGCGGCCGUGGCGGCCUACAAGCAAGUGCAGCGUAGGAACCCUGAGCUCCUUAAGAUGUGGGAGUACUGCGGCCAGCCUAAAGUGGUGGUGAAGGCCCCGGACGAGGACACCCUGAUUCAGCUCCUGGGGCUCGCCAAGGAGAUGAAGCUGCCCGUCAGCCUGAUACAGGAUGCAGGCAGGACACAAAUCGCCCCUGGCUCCCGCACGGUGCUCGGUAUCGGUCCUGCUCCUGCUGAGCUUAUUGACUCUGUCAGUGGCGAUUUGAAGCUUUACUAAAGCUCCCUCUCACAACCAUUUAAUACAAAGGAAAUGCAAUGACAUUACCUGUUGGUAUAAAUCACUGGCACAGAUAAGUGAACAAAGUUGCAUUAUUUUUUUUUGUAAAGACAUUGACUAAUAAAGUGAAAUUGGAUCAGUGCUGAAUCUCACACUGGUCUAAUGUAAACAAAAUUUCA